UUUGGAGUUGGCAAGGGCACUGUGCGAAGGCGUCUUGGUGGUGAGAGAUUCGGUGCUUGGUAUAGUGAGUCGACGGUGGUGCGCUACGGUUUCCCCGGAUCUGGAGCAGCUCCUUUGAUCCCCAUGAAUAUGUUUAGGAGGAGAGAGAAGAUGAAGAAGGUGCAAAAUGAACCUGAGUUCAUCAGAGAAGAGACGCCGGAACGUAUGGAAGGGCCUAGGUUGAUAGUGGGGCUUGACUUCGGCACCACGUAUUCGGGGUUUGCCUUUGCUCACAUUCAUGAAAAAGAGAAGAUUUACACCUUCUACGAUUAUCCCAGAGCAGGAUAUGAAAAGCCGUACUGCAAAACACUGACGGGAAUGUAUUACAAACGGCAAUCUGAGCCAGGGGGCAAGUGGCAUUUGAAGUCAUGGGGUCACCCUGCUAGAGCAGAGUAUGAGAAAGAUUUCACAGCAGUGAUUAAACAACGCCAGAGGGGAGCGACGGAUGAUCCGUUCCAGCCCAGUUUGGGAAACCUCUUUACUAGAUUCAAGCUACAUCUUGGGAAAGAACGAGGGCCAGCAUCACCAAUUCCACUCCCACCGGGGCUGACUGUUCACACACUGAUUACAGAUUACUUGCGGGCGAUGGGAGGAUUGGUCCUGAAGACCCUACAGGACCAUUAUGGGACUCAGCUGGAUAUGAAGGGAAUUCAGUGGUGCAUUACUGUGCCAUCUAUUUGGGACAAUUCUGCCAAGGCAAUAAUGAAAGAUUGCAUGAAAUCUGCGGGUUUAGUAGGCGGGGAGCACGGGAGUCCUCAUCAACUUAUCAUCGUCCUCGAGCCUGAGGCUGCUUCCUUCCAUUGUCACAAGGUCAUGAAUGAGCAGGUAUUAUCAGUUGGCGACAAGCUGCUGGUUGCAGACAUCGGUGGUGGAACCUCGGACCUUAUUGUGCAGGAGGUGAUUUCUGUCGGUGAGCGUGGUUACCGUGUGAAAGAGUUGACGAUAAGCUCGGGAGGCUACUGUGGUGGUACUUACGUGGAUGCUCGAUUCACUAAUUAUUUGCAUGCGAAAAUUGGACCAGCUUUGCAGGAGUGCUUACAAGAAUUUCCUGGUGUGCUCCCGACGUUGCUUAAAACCUGGGAACACACGAAGUCAAUGUUCGGCGAUCCGUCGUUUGCGGAAAGGACCAGCGACCUGAAUCUCCCGGUUAAAUUGGUGACCACGUGGGAGAGGUAUGACUUAAGGAACAACAUUCCCGCAAGAGGUGAUGGAUACGAGACGUUAGAGAUCACGUACGAAGAGAUGCAGUCGAUUUUUGAUCCUGUAGUAAACGAGAAUUUGGAAUUGAUAGCUGCCCAAUUGCAGCAAGUGGGAUUUGUCAAGAUUCUCGUCAUAGUUGGAGGGUUUGCUGGGUCCCGAUAUCUCACAGACCGCAUUAAGGAGAGGUUUGGCAGAAUCGUGCCUCAAAUCAUCAUUCCCCCCAACCCUGGGAGUGCGAUUUGCCAAGGCGCCGUUGCACUGGCGCUUAACCCUGACACCGUAGAUUCAAGAAUCUGUAAGAAGACGUAUGGAAUUCACGCCAUGGACUCUUUUCAGGAAGGAGUUGAUCCGCCAGAAUAUAUGGAGAUAUACGAUGGAGUUCCGAAGUGCAAAAAUCGAUUCGAGGUCUAUGUCAGCAAGGGCGAUAGUGUUAAGGAAAAUGAGCCUAUCACAAGGAGUUUCAAGCCUGUUCGUUAUGGACAAAAGGCUAUUACUUUGGAACUUUACAGCUCUGACAUGACUAAUCCAAGAUACAUUGUUGGUGAUUCAGCUUGUAUGGAAGGUAGUAUUACAAUCGACAUCUCGAAGGAUAUGAAAUUGCAAACGGAAAGACUUUUGAACGUGUCCCUCUUCUUUGGGAAGUCGUGCUUGGAUUUCAUAGCUGAACAUGUUAACUUCUCUGCUGGGAAGAAUCAUCGGCUUCGACUACCCAUUAAAGAAUCCGGUUUCUUCUGAGCUUAGGAACUGUUGUGAUUAGUGAGUAGUCUUGUUCACCUUCCAGUGGUUGCCGAAUGGCAUGCAACUACUUGUCACAGCUAGUCGGAGCUUUGCUUGUGUUGUUGCAGGUUUUGUUUGCAAAUUCCUCCCUGUAAUAUCCUAUUACCUCAAAGUUCACUCCGUUGAAAGCAUUCAGAGCCGAGUAGAUGUGUUGCUUCACUUGAAGAUUUUCUGCGUAGCAUUCGUUUCUGUCACAUGUGAUGGAAAACACAUUAUUUUGCUGCUUGGACGCUGGAGUCAAGACCCACUGAAAGCAACAUUUGACAACCAGAGAAGACACGAUGGCAUGUUGAAAGCUGAUUAUGUGUUGCUUGAUCGGGUUUGGCAACUUGCUGGUGUUGCUCCCAAGGAUGAAGCCACGUAACAUCAGUGGAAAGGUUGGAUAAUCAUGCGUGCAUAGCGUGUUCUAUUAUUUGAGACGCACACGCUAGAACAUCACGAAGGUGGGCGAGGAAUGCACCUGCCUUGUGGCUAUCCCGCUGAUUUUAGCUCUUGUAAUUACCAUGAAUUGCGGCAGUUUAGAACAGUUGGGGUUUUGUUUCAAAUUGUUUAGUAGGAUUGCUCAUGGUAGCUUAGGUGUCCUGUCAUGUGUGUUGCGCAACCCAGCGAAAUUAAUUCCCCACGAAGGAAGUUCAGAUUCUCAAGCUGGAGCGUAGUGAUACUAAACAGACAUUUCAUGUUUUGAUGCCCCACUCUUCUAGAGUAUGAAACUCGAAGCAUACAAUUGGGUUGUAAUUGCAAAUCAUAACCGCAUCGGUUGGAUCAGCACUAGAGAUCUUAAAGUA